AUGCGAUAUACCACACUGGUUGGCGGAGCGCUGGCUCUCCUUUCCAGUACUCCUGUUCUAGCGCAGACCGCUUCUACGACCUUGCCCACAGCGGCUUCAACGUCGACGUCCCAGGCUGCUUCGCAACUGAACACUUUGAGCCAGUAUGCCAAAAACGUCACUACAGGCAACCUUGACAACGGCGUCACCAGCAAACGUGGCGGCUGCAAUUUGAGCAACUUGAAGAUUCGCCGGGAGUGGUCCACUUUCUCCACUGCGCAGAAGGAGGCAUACAUCAAUGCAGUGCUCUGCCUCCAGAGCAAGCCUUCAAGAACUCCUUCUGACCUGGUUUCGGGAGCGAGGACGCGCUAUGAUGAUUUCGUGGCCACGCAUAUCAACCAGACACUCAACAUCCAUUAUACGGGCACGUUCCUCGCAUGGCAUCGUUACUUCACCUGGGAAUUUGAGCAGACGUUGAUCAACGAGUGUGGCUACACUGGCACGGUUCCGUACUGGAACUGGCCGGCUUCCGCCAACUCCUUGGAGACUUACUCCGUGUUCGACGGCAGUGCGACCUCUAUGUCCGGAAACGGUGCGCCACGCGGGCCCAACGAUACUGACAGCGAUAUUGAGCUAACCCUCGGUAAUUAUCCGAUUGUGUAUCUGCCACUCGGCACGGGAGGCGGCUGUGUGACUAGUGGUCCAUUCGUAAAUUACACUGUGAACCUGGGCCCAGUGGCUCUUUCAUUGCCAGGGGGCGCGACGGGCGCGGCGGCCAACCCAUUGGGCUACAAUCCUCGCUGUUUGAAGCGUGAUCUGACUACUGCCCUCAUUCAGCGGUAUGCGAAUUUCACGUCGGUGGUGAGCCUUAUCCUGAACAACAACGACAUCGCCGACUUCCAGCUUGCCAUGCAGGGUGUCCCCGGUAGCGGUUCAAUUGGCGUACACGGGGGUGGUCAUUACGCCAUGGGCGGCGACCCUGGCCGGGAUGUGUUUGUGUCGCCUGGCGAUCCUGCUUUCUGGCACCAUCACGGUAUGAUUGACCGCGUUUGGUGGAUUUGGCAGACCCUUGAUCUGGCCAAUCGCCAGGACGCUAUCUCCGGCACGAACACGUUUUUGAACAAUCCUCCCUCGGCUAAUACGACGCUCGACACCGUUAUCGAUCUGGGGUACGCGGCGGGCGAAAUGAUAGCAAUGCGUGAGCUGAUGAGCACGACGGGAGGACCUUUCUGUUAUAUAUAUCUCUGAUCAUGUAUUGGCAGAAAU